AUGGGAGUCUGCCUCUCCUGUCUAGGCGUCGGCCGUCACAGUCAUCAUGAUUCCGACCGCUCCCGACUUCUCUACGAUGAAUACCCUGCCGGCCACAGCUACGGGACAUGGGGCGCAUCCAGCGUACCCCCCCAGAACCUGAUGAGCCCGGAAGAAGUCCAGCGCGAACAAGAAGCUCUCGACGGCAUCGCCCGGUGGGCCAGCGACCAGAUUGUCGAGAUCUUCCCACACCACCACCGCUCCCUGAUCAUGUCUGCGCCGCAGCUCAAUGGCCUCAGCCACGCCAGUGUCGGCGAACAGACCGCGACCAACCCCUCAUCCUCCCAACAUCAAGACAUCCUCCUGUCCCUCAUCCCCGGGGACAAAUCAAAGCGCUCGAUACGGAUAUACCCAGCGUCACGACCGACCUCGAAAAGCGGCAUGUCUCUCCGAAGUAAGAGUUCUGUCGGAACUGGGAUGAGCAGUAACGGUGGAAAGUCUGGAGGAGACUCUGUCCUGGUCACGCUGGACGUCAACUUGCCGUAA